UCAUAUGGACGCCGUAUGAUUAGAUUUUGGGUCAGCUGCCGGCGUUUUGUAGGGCUGGUGAGCACAUGUGGACUGCACGGUGUCCAUUGAUCCAUAUGGACAUCGUUGAGCAUCAUGCACCCGAUCGCGUAUUACGGAAGUUUGGGCAUGUGCAGAACAUACCCGCGGCUACACAUUGGGAGCACACCCACUACACCGGGGACGAGCGUUCGAUCGACAGUGCGGCAUGGCGGGUGCGUAUGCACCAGGAAGUCGAUGCAUAGAACGCGAGGAUGACGACUCUAGCGGCGGUCGGACAUGACACUCUGGUCCAUGAGUACAUGACGUGGUACAUGCAUAUCACUCGCUCCUUGAUUGCCAACCCCUCGACGUCGCGUCCUGAUGGCCGAGGAUAUGCAUCACUCUCAGGAGCGUAUGAGGCGCUACUACGGAUGACUCUGAUGAUACGCCAUGAGAGUAUUCCCCUUACGGAGUCCACCGACCCCGAGAUAGCGGCAUAUGCAGCACGGAUAGUUUAUCUUAUCGACACUGGUAUGACACAGGCACAGGAGUGGCAUCGUGUCGAUGAGGAUGUACCAGAGGGUGUUCCUAAGGGUGGUAGGGCUGAUAGAGGUGGGCGGGCUGAUAGAGGUGGUCGGGCUGGCAGAGGUGAUCGGGCUGGCAGAGGUCUAGUAGAUGAGCUUGACGAUAUAGGUCGUCAGGCUCCGUCGGCUACAGAUAUCCCGUCGACUUCUUCUUCCAGGCCGUCGACUUCACAGAGACCUGGAUAUACGCUAGAGAUGGUCCCACCUUAUGAUCCUUGGUCAUCAUUUCCACAGGUGCCAGUUGGUGAUCUACAUAUGGGAGACGGAGAUGAGGACUUGGAUAUUAUUUUCGAUGACUACUUUCUUCGUUCUACAGCCGGUCCUACGUUACCAUCUGCAUCUCCGGCUCCGCGGGCCGCUCAAGAGCCCUCUCACAUGCCAUGUCAGGAGCCCGUCGACACACAGGCUCAUUCUUCUGCGCCUGUGGACCCGUCUCCGCCCGUUCAGAUUGACCCGUCUCCAUCUCCAGCUACAACUCCGGGUAGCGCUCAGGAGACCGUUGAGGAGCCAGCUAAGGAGCCCUCUGACCAGCCAUCUCAGGAGGCCGUCGACACACAGGUUCAUUCUUCUGCUCAUGUGGUCCAGUCUCCUCCGAUUAAGUUAUGUCCUGAGGCAUCUAUUGAGGCUACUCAGGUGGAGACCGCCGCCGUCUCUCACAGGAAGCAUAUUUUCACCCAUGGCCUGAAUAAGGGAAGAAAGGAUGAUCAUGCCAUAAAUCAUCCUGUCAUUAAGAGGAGGAGAGAGGAUCUUGAUGAUAGUGAGGGUGGUGGGGUUAGGAGGAUCCUUAGGCCUUAG